AUAACAUGGACACAUUCUCACUUUUCCAGCUGUUUGUCCUUGUGCUAGCUCUAAGUGCGGGAGGCGUUUCUAGCUAUCCUGAACACUGCCUUCAUGAUCCUGAUUAUGAUCAUCUGGUGAAGAUUGCCAAACACGGACUGGGAAAGGCAGCCCAUCCAAAGAAGAUUGUCAUUGUGGGGGCAGGAAUAAGUGGACUCACUGCUGCCAAACUUCUCAGGGAUGCGGGUCAUAAGGUCACAGUCCUGGAAACCAGUGGUAGCGUAGGAGGACGGGUCAAGACCUAUCGCGAUGAGACACAAGAUUGGUACGUGGAGCUGGGAGCCAUGCGUUUACCAAGAGGACACAGGAUUGUGCGUGAAUUUAUUAGACAAUUUCACCUGAAGCUAAAAGAGUUCUCUCAGAUGAAUGACAAUGCCUGGUAUUUGGUGAAUGGCAUCAGGGCAAGAGUAAAAGAAGUCAAGCAAAAUCCCGACAUGCUGAAUUAUACUCUGUAUCCUAAAGAGAGGGGCAAAUCUCCUAGUGAACUUUAUAGGGAAACUCUGCAGACGGCCAUGUCGGAGUUCCGGCGUUCAGACUGCAAGAAAUAUUUGGAUAAAUAUGACUCUUUUUCUACCAAGGAGUAUUUGAUUAAAGAAGGAAACUUAAGCCAUGGGGCUGUGCAGAUGAUUGGUGACUUGCUGAAUGAGGAUUCUGGGUACUACAUGUCAUUUCUCAGCUCUCUCCUGGAUUUUGAUGUCUUCUCUCAUGAAGAGGGCUUUGAUGAGAUCACAGGGGGCUUUGACCAGUUGCCCAUUGCCUUCUAUUACUCUAUGCCUGGCAUUGUCCAGCUUAACUCCACGGUUGAGAAGAUAAUAACAAAGGGUAAUAAGGUUAGAGUUGUUUACCGUGCACCAGACACACUGACUCCUUAUGUCCUGAUGGUUGACUAUGUCCUUAUUACCACCUCAGCCAAAGCCAUGAGACUCAUCAAAUUUAUGCCACUGCUUUCCCCCCAAAAGGCACAUGCCUUGCGCUCUGUUCACUACUCCAGCUCCACCAAGAUUGCCUUGGCCUGCACUGAAAGGUUCUGGGAAAGAGAUGGGAUUCAUGGUGGGCAGUCAAUCACGGAUCGUCCCUCCAGGUUCAUCUACUAACCCAACCACAACUUCUCCAGUGGUGUGGGUGUGAUCCUGGCUUCCUAUACUUGGAACGAUGAUGCUGACUUCUUCGUUCCUCUCAGUGAUGAGAAGUGCAUUGAUGUAGUGCUAGACGACCUUGCAGAAGUACACGGCAUACCCAAGGACCACAUCCAGUACGUCUGUGAUAAGCAUGUGAUAAAAAGGUGGAACUUGGACAAACAUUCCAUGGGGGCGUUCGCCUUCUUCACCCCGUACCAGUUUAUGGACUAUUCCAAGGCCCUGUUUCAGAAUGAAGGAAGGGUCCAUUUUGCAGGAGAGCACACAGCUUGGCCUCAUGCCUGGAUUGAUUCUUCUAUGAAAUCUGCUGUGAGAGCAGCAAGAAACAUUCAUCGGGAUAGCAACCUACCUCCAGAGCAACAGCUGCAGCAGGAAGAGGAGCCAGAGACUGUUAGCUUGGGUUUCAGAGAUGAACUUUAAUGUCUCCAGAAGUAUUUGGGGAAGAAACAAAAGAGCUGGACACUAAACGAAGAAAUAGCGACUAUGCUGCUACACACCUUCAUCUGGCACAAGUCCUCAGCUGGAGGAUAUCAGAAUGUUUCCUUCAAGUCAGUGAUGCCACAUUGACACAUACCAGCUUAGAAUUUGGCCCCAGGUGUGUUUCACAUGAUUAAUGAUUAAUUUUUCACAUGACAUGAUUAAUUUUUUCUUUCUCCCUUCAAAUAUUAGGCAGAUAGAACUAGAGUAGAGAAAAUUCCAUAGGAAUAAUUUUAGUAAUCAAAGGUUUCUUUCAUCAAAAUGAUCAUUGCUCAAAUGCACUGCACUUGCCUUUUUAAUGCACAUGCCUAGACAGGUAUAACUCAAUUGCACACUUCAUAUAUCACCUUAUAUUACUAUAUAUAUAAUGUUAU